GUGUAUUCUUAUCCAGUGAAAUUGUUAGAAUAUUUGCACACCUACUGGAGCAACAUAUGCUUGCCAGGAGAAAUAUCUGUGUACCCAAGGCAAUUGAAGUGGACGGUAGAGUUAAACUUUGUAUUCAAUGA